CGCCGAUUUCUUUUGUUGCGCCCUUUGGAGAGACAUGGGAUGAAAAUAAAUCCGUUUCAAGCCCCGGAUUUCUACGGCAGCCCGUUCCGUGGGGGCGGUGCUCCCCACUGCUUCGCCCCCCGCCUUCGCUUGGGAGCUCUUUGACAUCAACACGAGCCUUGUCCUACCUUAUUCCUGACAGACAACAUUGCACAAUCGAAAGAAUGCGGAUGCUCCUUCGUGCGACUUUUUCCAAGACCUGACCAACGGAGUGACAGGAGCAGGAGAUGUCUAUGAUGCGCCAGCCUUCGCACGCGGGCUCGAUGUCGAGCUCAACAGCCAGCCCCAAGCCGGGGCGCUACAGUAUCUUCAGGAAGAAGACCUCAAUCAGCAGCAGCUCGGUUCCACGAGAGGAGCACUUUUCGCCCGACAAGGUAUACGAGCCCUCUCACUCAGACAAGAUGCUGAAUCCAAACUCCCCCCUCUCAAUGCCCGACCUCGAAACUUCAAGAUCCAACGGCCUACCAUCUCCGGACAGUUUCAUUGCUGCGACCCAUGACAUCGAGUACCAACACCUCCGGGAAAACAUCAGGCGCAUACGAAAAGCGGCAUCAGAUGCAAAGAAAGUGGAUGCGGCGUGGGAGGUCUACAAGAAAUUGAGGGACGAAUCUCUACAGCAAUGCAAAAGUCUACUGGCAAAGUCUCGUAAGGGCCUGUUUGCUCCGCGAUUCUAUUGGGGAUCUGGUCCCUACUCGGAAAGCCGGCAGACGAUGGAUUCAGAAAGCAACAGUCGACAGCAGUCACUCGAUUAUACAAGUAUCGGACCAUUAGAUACGCGGUCAUCGCACAGCGGUCCCGGCACUGAAACGGCUCCGCCGUUCCAAAUCAAUGAUCAAUGGCUUGCGGCGAUUCAGGAAUACAAGGCAACUCAAGAGCUGAUGCUCAGAAACCUCAGGAAUUCGUUGCUAGACAAGUACUUGGAGUACGAACCAAAUGCAUCAGAACGACAAGUGGAGGCAUUCUUGGCCGACAAAGCUCGCCGGAAGAACUUGAUUGCUCAGAUGAGAGAUACCAGUGUCCAUCGGAUGAAAUCAGAAAAGCAUAUGUUCUGGGACCAAUACCAGAUCCGUUCUUCUGACUUUGAAAGGCUGAAGAUUGAUCUACAAGCAAUUGAGCAGCUGAUCAACUCUGCAGGAGCAAGUGAUGAGGCACCCAAUAUGGCUGUUCGGGAAUGUGUCAUUGCCAAGAACGGAGACACGAUACUGGAAUUCGCAAACGCGGGUUCGGAGAACCAUCCAAUCUUGAGAUUUCGAGUCUCUUCGCAUCUCUUGGCUGAGCAUUCGCCGCUGUUCGCCCAGUUUCUUUCUCCUCAACCUGGAAAUAAUCCUCCCCUUGAUAUGAUCAGUCAGCUUCCACCACCCCCUACAAGGCAUGUUUGCAAAGAUGGAAUGGAAGUCAAAGUCUACCGAAUGCCACAGAUCGAGCUCAACAAGAACGAAUCACUCAAGUUUGUCCUACACGCUGCUCAUAUGCAUAAAGACAGAGUUCCUAGAGAAGUCACCUUCCAAACUUUCGUCAACAUCGCAGAAGUAUGCUUAAAAUAUCAGUGUACGCAACCGCUUGAGAUGCACGUGGAGUACCAAUGGUUACCGCAAUGGAUUGCCAAGCUCUACGACGAUGAAUAUGACGGAUUUUUGGUGAUUAGUUAUGCAUUUGGACUUCGAAGGAUCUUCACCAGGAUGUCGAAGACUGCUAUCCUGAAUGCAGUGGACGAGGACGAAAUCAGGAGCAAGGAAGCUUGGCCCCCAGCUGUCAAGGAGAAGAUUAUCGCUACCAGAGCAGCGAAGUUGGCUCAGAUAUAUGAUUGUUGUACCGCAGCUAUUGCGGAAUAUUUGAAGACACCAGCGGAGGUUAUAGGGCGUCGAACGAGUGUCAUCGGAUCCCUCCAAUUGACAACUUCGCCUCGUUGUCCACGGGGGUCUCACCAAUGUGAUGCAACCAACCUGGGCUGGCUGAUGCUUGUCUACAACGAAUUGCGAGUCCUGCCAAGUAUCAUGAAGAAUGCUGCUAUCGAUGACCUAGCAAAACCGCCGAAACGGAGCCUGGAGCAAUUAAUCGCCUGCUUGAGCUUGAUGCCAAGCGCUCCUCAAGUUCAUAGCGGUGUCUGCGACCACGCUCCAUUGUUCCGAAAUGCAAUCAACGACGUUUACAAUAGCGUCAGGGGAUUAACCUUCCGUGACGUCUCUGGGAAGGACGGAUGGGCACUCUCGAAACACUCAGCUCGGACUGGUGAUCACGAUGAUUAUAUGGUGCAAGAUCUGGUGGAGUUGGAAGCGCCGUUGGAGUCUGUUAAAAGAACGAAGAGAGCAGCGGCUAUGUCGAAUGAAGAGAUAAACUUUCGAAUUCUCUCACAUCUCCACGAGAUGGAUGAUCUUACUGCCGCUGCUAUGAUCGACCAGUCGUUCUAUCGGGCUUACAAACGGAAUGAAGCUCCGUUACUGAAGAAUGUUAUCAACGCCGAGAGGAGGAAGACAUUUUCUCAAGCGAACACUGACGCUGCGCCAAUUCGUCGAGCACUCAAAGCAGAGCUGUCACCGAAUGGCAUGAAUGUCUCUAUUCCCAGACAAGAUGAAGAACCUAAAUCUCUAGCCGCUGAUCAGUUCAAAUACCCAUCUUCAGCAGGCCGCCAACCUUCUCUAAAUGGGGACCUCUACGACGCCUCACCACCCUUGUCUCCCCUAAGCCGCGAGGACUUAAAACUAGAAGAGCACGAGGAAGCAUACCGGAUAAUAUGGGGCGAAGACGCCUCUAUCCCAGAUACGGCUCCGGAAAUCAUUGGGCAGCAGCUGAAAAGGCCGGUGGAGAGGAACGAUAAGUGUUUAGUCGGUGAUGUGGCGCGUACGGGUGAUAAGGCGAGGCUGAUGGAGGAGGAGGAGAAGUACUUGAGGGAGGAGCAGGAGCGGGAAUUGGGAAAGGGAGGAUUUGGAAAAUGAAUGAAUGGAUGGAUGAGUUGUGGAGUUAUGAUGCAUGAACUGGACAUGGAACGGAGUUGGGAUUCGGUAGCAUGGCGUUUGGCGUUUCGGGGAAUUGGAAAGGAAUGGGGGGAGAGUAUAUACCCGUUGUGUAUUUGCUUUAGGAUGUAUUUUCAUGUAUGAUGUUAUACAUAGUUAGAAAUCUCAAUUAAGUUCCCAUCCGGAUCCCGACAAUACACACUCCUGAUCUUCCCUCUCGCACCCGUCCUCU